AUGUGUGAGUUGUUUAAAAUACUUCUUGUGAUAAUUUCAUCGUUUGUUUUGGUUACACAAGCAUUUUCAAGUAUCGGUUACUUUUGGCACAUAACUGAUUUUCAUUAUGAUGCCUUAUAUGAAGCUAAUGGAAAUCCCAAACAACAUUGUUGGCGAGAUCAAGGCGGUGGUGUUGGUGGUAGUGGCAGUGUUAGUAAUAGUGUGAGUAAUUCAGUAGUAGGGGGUGUUAGUGGUAGCUCUGGUGUUAGUAACAAUGGUGGUGGAGGACGACGUGGUUCUAGUGGUAGUGGGGGUAAUGGUGGGGUUGUAGGAAGCAGCAGUUCAAGUGGUGGCAGCGGUGGUAACAAUAAUCGUCGUCGUGGUGUCGGCUUAUAUGGAGACUAUGCGUGCGAUAGCCCAUGGGCAUUAAUUGAAUCUGCUGGUAAAGCAAUGCGAAACCGUCAAGGGGACAAUAUAGAAUUUGUAUUGUGGACUGGAGAUGCGUUAUCACACUCACAUGCAAAACUAUCAGAGGCAAGACGUUUGGUAUUGUUACAAAAUGUAACAGACCUAUUACAUCGUACAUUUAGCUCUCAAUUUGUUUUUCCUGUGAUUGGUCAUGAUGAUCCUGCUACCGUUAGUCAAUUAGCUGAAAUAUGGCGACGAUGGCUACCACCGGAAGCGAUGCAAUCGUUUAUUAAAGGUGGAUACUACACAAUAGAACAAAAGGAACGUAAAUUACGAAUAAUUAUUUUAAAUACAAAUUUAUGGGUUGCAAAAGAGCCAACAUAUAGUAAUGGGGGUGGUUUUAGUAAUAACGGUUAUAGUUCGGUAGUGAGUGGUAUUAAUACAUUACAGUAUGAAAUGUUGGCAUCGACAGAUUCACAAUAUGAAGAAGAAGGUAGACAACAAUGGGCUUGGCUAGAAGGAGUUUUAAAAAAAUCUAACGAACAACGUGAAACGAUAUACAUUGUUGGACACAUACCACCUGGAUCAAACGAACGACAAAUGGGUGCUAUACCAUUGGCGCAUCAAGGAUACACACGCCGAAACAACGAACAAUAUUUGUCCAUGGUUCGACGUUACCACAAAAUAAUUGUUGGACAAUUUUUUGGACACUUACAUUCAGAUACAUUUCGUAUAAUUUAUAACAGGCAGGGUAAUCCUAUAUCAUGGAUCAUGAUGGCUCCAGCAUUAACCCCAAGACGGGUAAAUGGUGCUGCCAACAAUCCCGGCUUACGUCUAUAUAAAUUCGAUACUGAUACUGGCCAGGUUUUGGAUUACACACAAUAUUAUUUGGAUUUACAACAAGCAAAUUAUGAAAUUGACGAUGAUGAAUCAGACGCAGAAGAGCGAUAUGGUUGGCAACCAGAAUAUAAUUUAACAUCAUGGUAUAAUUUAAAUCAAAUAACACCCUUAACAUUACAUAAUUUGGCGGAUAAAUUUACACAAAAAGUACCAGAAGAAAAUAUCGCAUUUUCAAAAUACUUUAUUGCAAAUUCGGUAAGUAUAUAUAAAUCACCAUUAGAUGGCAACUGUGAAGUAAGUUGCGCUCAUACACAUUUUUGUGCUAUAACACGAGUCAAUUAUGAUGAAUAUCAACAAUGCAUAAAAACAGCAGCAAGUGCAUUAUCCUCACAAGCACCCAAUAAUAAGCAUUUAUAUUAUUUAAUAAAUAAUCAAUUUGUAUUAAUCACUCUAUUAUUUUCAUUAUUUUUAAUACACAAUACAUUCAAACAAAUUACCAUAUAUUCUCGAUGA